UAUACUGGUAGUCUUUCGAACCAUCUUGUCUGCUGUGACCCAAAAGAAGAACAAGGUCUUGUACCACCUUGUGUAUUUCAGAAGCAUUGUUAUCAGUGUAGAUGUAUGUACCAAAACACACAAAUCAAAUCAUAAUAUUAAAUAAAUAAAUAUUGCGACACUUGGCACCGCUAUAUCAAUAUAACAUUGUGCCAAAAAAUAUUGUGAUACUGUAUCGCUUUUUUCCCCUCCCACCUCUUUGAUACACUGCACUCUCUGUGGAUGUUUUGCUUUCAUCAAUAUAACCAACUUCCAGUGGUUACUUGGGAGAACAUGCAAAUGCUCUCUCUUUCUCUUUCUUUCUCUCUCUUUCUCUCUCCAUGCCGGUCGCUCUCUCGUUUGGCCCCCUUUUAUGAUUCUUUUUAGUUGCCCUGUCCUCAUUUUUUCUUUCUUUUUUUCUCAAGUGUGGAUGGUUCAGGUUCCUGUUAACCCAUUGGCCUUGCAUAACAGUCACUGCAGUGUUAGUGUUCUGUUUAAUUUCACAAAGUCCUUUGUUGUUCUACAUCGCCUGUACCCAGGUAUUUGGCCACACAGGGCUAUAUCCACUUCACUAUAUAUACUAUAUCCACUUUACUGUAUGUACUACAUCUGUCAGUAUACUACCAGUAAGCAGUUGGGGAUAAUACCCUGUAUUGAUCCUGAUGCAUCCCUCUACCUGAAUGCUCUCUAAUCAUUCUCCAUGACAAAAUAUCAAAGGUGAAGCCUAAAGGUUAUAAAUAAGCAGAACAUCUAUUUUGUCAGGCUUGUGGGCUUCCAAAGGGGAUGUUCAGUGUCGCUGAAUGGCUUAGUAAGUAAGAGGAUUGAGCUUUAAUCUGUUAAAGACUCCUCUUGCAUCUAUGGUGGUGGCUGACGAUGUCAUCACAGGAAGUGGCUUUGAUGUUUUCGCUCCUGGUCCAUUCAUAUGAUUUUGAGCGUGAGAGUUGACCAUGGUUGGAAGGUAGUGUGGUUUUCGUAAGGAUUACCAGUGGUGAUUUCAAAUUGAAUCUUGCACCAAUGGCACUUCGCAGUCAUCUUACAGUGGCUGAGUGUGCAUCUUCGGAUGACUGCAAGCUGGAUAACAUCCUGUACCCCCCCUCCAUGCCCUUCCGGAAGUCCAGCAACCCGGAGGUGUCGUACGGCUCGGGCGUGGCCCUCAAGUUCAAACGGCAGAUCAGCGAGGACGGCAGACAGCUCCGCAGAGGGAGCCUGGGGGGAGCGCUCACAGGAAAGUACCUACUGCCCUCCGUGUCGAGCCAGCCAGCAUGGCAGCAUGCGUCCGAGACCUCCAACCUUGUGCGCAUACGCUCUCAAAGUAUGGGCAACUCGGCCCCCUCCCUCACUGCCAGCCUGAAGGAGCUCAGUCUACCCAGAAGAGGGAGUUUCCUCACUCCCAGAAGCCUGAGUCCAACUCCCACAAGCCCCUGCAGUCCUUGCAGCCCGCUGCACCACUUUCAUUUUUGGAGCUGCAGGACAAGCAACAGAAAGAGCCUCAUAGGAAGUGGCCAGUCUUCAGCACUUCCCCGACCCCACUCGCCCCUGUCAUCUCACACAGGAACGAGCCCCCAAGACAGCCCCAGAAACUUCUCCCCCAGUGCCUCUGCUCACUUCUCAUUCGCUCGCAGUCAUGGACACAGAGUAGACAGGACCGAUGGGCGACGGUGGUCUUUGGCUUCUCUCCCCUCAUCGGGCUAUGGAACCAACACCCCCAGUUCCACCGUCUCGUCAUCCUGUUCAUCACAGGAGAAGCUGCACCAGCUCCCCUUUCAGCCCACCCCUGAUGAGCUGCACUUCCUCUCCAAGCACUUCUGCACCGAAAGCAUCGCCGGGGACGACCAGCGCAGGAGGGCCACGCCUAUGCGGCCCCGCUCACGCAGUCUCAGUCCUGGAAGGUCUCCAGCAUGCUGUGAUCAUGAGAUUAUUAUGAUGAAUCAUGUCUACAAGGAAAGAUUUCCUAAGGCCACGGCUCAGAUGGAGGAGCGGAUCCAGGAGAUCAUCCGCUCCAAUUCCCCGGAGAGUGUGUUGCAUCUGGCUGACGGCGUUCUCAGCUUCGCCCACCACCAGAUCAUCGAACUGGCCCGCGACUGCCUGGAGAAGUCCCGCAAUGGCCUCAUCACCUCCCGCUACUUCUGCGAGCUGACUGACAAGCUGGAGAAACUCUUUCAGGAGUCCACAGAGCGGUCCGAGAGUGGGGAGGUGAUCCUCAUCAAGGAGCUUGUCAAGAAAAUCCUCAUCGUCAUCGCUAGGCCAGCUCGACUGCUGGAAUGCCUGGAGUUUGACCCGGAGGAGUUCUACCACCUCCUCGAGGCGGCCGAAGGCCAUGCCAAAGAGGGCCAGGGCAUCAAAACAGACAUCCCUCGCUACAUUAUCAGCCAGCUGGGCCUUACCCGAGACCCACUAGAAGAAAUUGCUCAGCUGACCAGCUACGACAGCGGGAUAGCGGAGACGCCCGAAACGGAUGACUCUGUUAGUAGCUUGAGUGCAGCACUACGAUCCCGACGCAAACCGUGCGAAAACGACUUUGAGAUGAUCAAGCUGAUCAGCAACGGCGCCUACGGGGCCGUGUACUUGGUGCGGCACCGGGAGACGAAGCAACGCUUCGCCAUGAAGAAGAUCAACAAGCAGAACCUGAUCCUGAGGAACCAGAUUCAGCAGGCGUUCGUGGAGAGGGACAUCCUGACCUUCGCUGAGAACCCCUUCGUCGUCAGCAUGUACUGCUCAUUCGAGACGCGGAGGCACCUCUGCAUGGUUAUGGAGUAUGUCGAGGGAGGGGACUGUGCCACCCUGCUGAAGAACAUGGGCCCUCUGCCCGUAGACAUGGCCAGGAUGUACUUUGCUGAGACUGUCCUGGCCCUGGAGUACCUCCACAACUAUGGCAUUGUUCACAGGGAUCUCAAACCAGACAAUUUGCUGGUGACCUCCAUGGGUCACAUCAAGCUCACUGACUUUGGCUUGUCCAAGGUGGGACUAAUGAACAUGACCACUAACCUCUAUGAGGACCACAUCGAGAAGGAUGCCAGAGAGUUCUCAGACAAACAGGUGUGUGGAACCCCAGAGUACAUCGCCCCGGAGGUGAUCCUGAGGCAGGGCUAUGGGAAGCCCGUGGACUGGUGGGCCAUGGGCAUCAUUCUGUACGAGUUCCUGGUGGGCUGUGUGCCCUUCUUCGGGGACACUCCUGAGGAGCUCUUUGGCCAGGUUAUCAGCGAUGAGAUCAACUGGCCCGAGGGGGACGAUGCUCCACCCGGUGACUCUCAGGAGCUCAUCACCCUGCUCCUCAGGCAGAACCCUAUGGAACGCAUGGGAACAGGUGGGGCCCACGAGGUUAAGCAGCACCAGUUCUUCGACAACCUGGACUGGAACAGCUUGCUGCGGCAGAAGGCCGAGUUCAUUCCUCAGCUGGAGUCAGAGGACGACACCAGCUACUUCGACACUCGAUCUGAAAGGUACGAUCACCUGGAAACGGAGGAAGAGGACACCAACGAUGAGGACUUUAACCCAGAGCUGAGGCAGUUCUCCUCCUGUUCACACCGCUUCUCCAAAGUGUACAGCAGCCUGGACCUGUCUCGUGGACAGCUGGAGGAGAAAGGGGAGCAGGAGGAGAAGAAGAGCGAGAGCCCCCUGACCGUCGACUCCCUCAGCUGGACACCCGACUUCACCGAGAUGCCGUCUCUCUCCCACUCCUCCGACGCCGAGAGCGCCAGCGCCGGACUGCGCUCUGGCCUGCUCCCCAAGUUUGCCAUCUCCGCCGAGGCGGAGGACGGGGACGGCUCGGUGGCACUGGAGGACCCCAGCAAGGUGGCCUUCACCAUCGGGGAGCUGCCCCUGGACGAGCCCGACGCCACCACGCCCGGCAGCACCCUCAGCUGCUCCACUCUGUCUGUAGGCGACUUCUCAGAGCACCUGGACCAGCUGACAUCCAGAGGUGAGGGGGUGGACAGCCCUGACACCACCACCUCUAAGACUUCCAGUGAGCAGGGCGCCACCCUCGGCCAGCGGCACUCCGACACCCAGGACAAGACGCCCGGCGCCACGGUGGGCAAAGUGCCCAAGUCCGUCUCGGCAAGCGCCCUCUCUCUGAUGAUCCCCGGAGAUGUUUUUGGGGUGUCCCCAUUGGCGAGUCCCAUGUCCCCAUAUUCGCUGUCGUCUGACCCAUCCUCGAGAGACUCCUCCCCCAGCCGGGAGUCCUCCCUCUGUGUGGUCAGCCCCCGACAACCAAUCAUCAUCCACAGCACCGGGAAGAAGUUUGGCUUCACUCUGCGGGCCAUUCGCGUGUACGCCUGUGACGGUGACGUCUACACUGUGUACCAUAUGGUCUGGAAUGUGGACGAUGGAGGGCCAGCCCAUAAAGCUGGGGUUAAAGCUGGCGAUCUCAUCACCCAUGUCAAUGGAGAACCAGUCAACGGACUGGUCCACACUGAAGUAGUGGAGCUGCUGCUCAAGAGUGGCAGUAAAGUAGCCAUAUCCACCACCCCCUUUGAGAACACGUCCAUCAAAACUGGUCCCGCCAGAAGGAAUAGUUACAGAAGCAAAAUGAUCCGAAGAACAAAGAAACCCAAGAAGGAAAAGACACAGGAGAGGCGCAGGUCUGUGUUCAGGCGUUUUGCCAUGCAGCCCUCUCCUCUGCUGCACACCAGCCGCAGCUUCACCUCCCUCAACCGCUCCCUGUCCUCUGGGGAGAGUCUCCCCGGCUCCCCCACACACAGCCUGUCCCCCCGCUCCCCCACCGCAGUCUUCAAGCCCGCACCAGACUUCACACAGUCAGGUGGCACAUCCUCUCAGAGCAGUUCCCCAAGCUCCAGCGCCCCAAACUCCCCCGCUGGCUCAGGCCACAUCCGGCCCAGCACACUUCACGGCCUGGGCCCCAAGAUCCCCGGCCAGCGGUUGCGUCAGGGCCGCCGCAAGUCUGCCGGGAGCAUCCCGCUCUCGCCCCUGGCACGGACGCCCUCCCCCACGCCGCAGCCCACCUCCCCCCAGCGCUCGCCCUCCCCUCUGCUGGGCCACGGGGUUGGGGGCUCUAAGAUCUCUCAGGCCUUCCCAUCCAAAAUGCACUCACCCCCCACCAUCGUGCGUCACAUGGUGCGCCCUAAGAGCGCCGAGCCGCCCCGAUCGCCACUGCUCAAGCGCGUGCAGUCAGAGGAGAAGCUCUCGCCAUCCUACACGGGGGACAAGAAGCACCUGUGCACCCGCAAGCACAGUUUGGAGGUGACCCAGGAGGAGGCGCAAGGGGAGGGUGCCCAAUGUGAGGUCACCUUUCAGGGCGUGGAGGAGACUACCUGUGAGACGCUGACUGUGACCCGGGUGAGACCGGCCGAGCAGGGCUGCCUGAAACGCCCCAUCACGCGCAAAGUAGGACGGCAGGAGUCCUUGGAAGAUCUGGACAAGGAGAAGCUGAAGGCCAAGGUGGUGGUGAAGCGGCAGGACUGGUCAGAAAGGCACGAGUCUCUGCAGAAGCAGGACGCCAUGCAGGACACUGAGGCUGCCUGCUCCUUGAGCGCUGAAGACAAGGACAGGGGGAUUCUGGGUAGGCCCUGCACAAGACCUCAGUGCAACCCUGAGUCGGGUGUCCUAGACAGCAAGUCCGUUAACUCCACGCUCAAAGACGUGCUGUAUAAGAAGCUGAACACCAGAGUGUGCGAGAGCAUCGCCGAGUUCAUGAGUGGCAGUGGGGAGUGUGUAUGUGCGCUGAGCGAGGGUGUCAGGUCACACACGUGCCCCGCGCUGCAGGACUGGAGCCCCCAGAAGGCCGAGCGGCAGCUGGCCCGACCGAUGAAGGACGGCGGUAAACCGGACAGGCUGGACUUCAAAGCCCCCAGUAUGGAGUUUGCCAGGAAGAGGCAGUCUUUCGACGAGCGGGAGGACUGUGUGUGCCGCAUGGCCCCUGGUGUGCACGAGAGCCACCACUUCAGCACCACCCGCUCCAAGAGCCUCCAGCUGGACUCAGCCAUGGUCCUGGACCACGUGAAAGGGGGGAUGUGCAGCAUCCACAACCCACCAGGGAUCACCUCAGACACCCUUACGUCAAAGAUGUUUACAGGCCGAGGGGAGAGCGCUGUGGAGAAGCUCCAGAUGAUUUCCUUGUCGGAGGGAUCCAUCCGCAAGACCUCUUCUGAGUACAAGCUCGAGGGCCGCCUCGUCUCCUCGUUGAAACCCCUGGAAGGUACGCUGGACAUCGGCAUGCUCUCGGGUCCCCGGUUGUCCAAGACAGACACCUGCCUGUCCAAAAUGGUGGACAGCCAUGGGGAUAUCAAGCUAGGUCAGAGCCAAAGUGAGAAGCAGCUGUCAGCUCAGCAGCAGAAGGCCCCUGACAAGCAGAAGGCCUCUGACAGGCAGAAGGCGAUACCAACAGACUCAGCGCCAGCACAGGGAGCCAUGGAGUCCCUGAGCUCUCUGAACUCUUUGACAGACCGGCAUGUUGGGAAACCUGACACCACCGCCGCCACCAUCACCACCACUCUGAUCAAAGACUGCGGCAGUGAGAGAACGCCAGAGAAGCCCGGUCACACUGAGUCAACCCACUUACCGGUAGUUAAACUGGACAUCGCUGACUCUUGUGGAAAACCAGAGAUUAGAUCAAGCGUGAAAUCUGCCUCGUCCCUGGCCCAUGAAAUGAGGGUCUCUCGUCACAGUUCUCACUUCUCAUGUGGGAAGACGCCCUCGAUCAAGGAGGUCAGUAAUGAGGACCAGGACGAUGAAGAGCUACCUGAUGAGGCCACCACAGCUACAGCCAAUCAGAAACAGGAGGAUCAUGUUAAGGCACUAAAGUCACAAAACUCUAAAUCACAAUCUCAGACAGUACCUCAUCCAUCUAAGACAGAAUCUUCUACAAUAGUAAAAUCAGCUGACAAAUCUGAGCCUCCAAAAAAUGUCUGCAGCCCCCAAACAACUGUGGCCCCCAGACACGGAGUAGAUUCCCCAUCAGUGUUGGGUUGUGUAAACAGCGUAGGGAACAGUGUCAAAGAGCAGAAACCAAGUAGUCCAGUUCCAGGUAAGGCUACGGGGCAUGGUUCCUCACAACACAGCUCAACAACUUCACAGAGUAUGCCCACUCCCUCUGAGCACAGUCUUCACACUAACACAACCAAGGACAAAGCUGCUGGCGCAAAGUCUCAAACAUUAGAGAACUCUGUUAAAGACAAGCCAGCCCCUGCACACAACACACAUUCUCCACGAAACACUGUCAUAGAUAAACCAGCCCCUGCACAGAAUUCAACUACAUUUGUGGGUCCUGUGCUGGCAAAAAACAUUGGCAAAGACAUUUCAUUCAGUACCCUGAGCAUAACUCUGGUGUCAGAUCGCUCUCAAUCGCAGAGCGCUGUCAAGGACGUGCCAGCAAAAAUACAGAGCACACCUUCAGAUCCACAGCCCAGUCGUCCAUCGAGCUCUGCUGGCAAAGACAAGCAAGUCAACACGCAGAGCUUGGCCUCAGCUUCACAAGAAAACCUCAGCCCCAAAGGUACAGCGGUCUCAGAGGUCGCUUCCCCGCAGGCCAAGCAGAAGAAAUCAGGCAGCCCUCCGAAAGUCAGCACAUUGCAGAAAUCCAUGCUGACUUCAGCUGUUGUUCCUUCGGAAGAUGUGAAGAGGCCAUGUGGCUCGGUUCCACAACCUCAUCACCGCUCGGAGAGAACCCUGCACACGGACAAAGUCCAGACAGAAAGGGGCCUCUCAGUGCCUGCCAGCGAAACGUCCACUUCGCAAGCUGGGAAGGCGCUCAAAACCACAACGUGUUCCGCUAACAAAAUGGCUGAAGCCCAGGAGACACCUGCCGAAGCGGAGCCGAGAGGAAGUGCAGCGAAAGGCAACAUCAACAUGGCCAUGGCUAAAACUCAGAUCACAAUGAAGGGGGAGCAGAAGAGAGAGGAUGUCGCCACUAGUAAAGCAGCUGAGAGUCGCACCUUAAAUAAGAAUGUUGCUGUAGCUCUGCAGAAGACACAAAGCAAUCAGGGUAGGGCUACAGAUGGGCACACAGACUCCAGCUCAGCCAAGACAGAGGAGAAACCUCGAGUGAAGGGCUCUGCAGUGAUCGAAAGCCUGCACUCAGCCAAGGCCUCAGCAGACAAAGCUGUGAAAGAAACCAGCCCCUCACGGUCAGCUAAGCCACCCCAACCUUCAACAGCCAUCAGUGCAAAACAGGCCACUGUAAGCUCCCGAAAUAAGCCGAAAGUAGAGUCACCCCUGGUGUCCCAACCAGGCAGCAAAGCAGCAGAUGACAAAUGGAAAUCAGAGAGCCAGCCAGCAGCCUCGGCUGCCCCACAAGUGAAACAGAAAGAGACACUGAUCUUUGCUGCUCAAACCCAGAGAGAAUUUGGGAGCCGUGGCGGGCCCAGCUUGUCUUCUGUGCCUGUGCUCCCUGUGCCCGCGGUCAAAUUAGAUAUUCGUUCACCCAGCGGGACGACAGUGGGUAAGGGGGCAACAACCAGCACAGCUGAACCCACUGAAAAGUCCUCCAAGGAGGAACCAGCCAGGGGGCGGGGUGAGGGGCCAAAGCCACACUCUCAGAGGAACCAGGGAAAGGGGGAAGCUGGCACGAUGGCUAAUAGCAAUCUCAAACCAACUUCUGUGGAGGCCAAGACUGGAGCCUCGGAGAAAGUUUCCUCUUCUUCGAGUCGAAAGGAGACAGCCGAAAAGAAGAAACGAGAGGAGCAGUCAUCCACACAAAAACACGCCAGCAAAGACUUGUCAAGAACACCUGCGCCCGCCAAAGAGGCAACAGCGUCAGAGAAAGAUUCCGUCCGUCCGAAACAAUCAAAGGAAUCUCCCCGUGGCUCUGCAAACAAGAAGUGAUGCACAGACUGGGGGAGAUAUGGAGGUGUGGACUUUGCAACCACCAUUUCUAUCACAUCCUUUAGGAAAGUUUUAAGAGGCAGGGUUUUCUUUUCUUUCUGUAGGUUGUAUCAUUAUGCCUUCCUUUUUUGAGGACCGGUGAAGCUGUUACUUCAGUGUGUGUACCAAGUGAAAAAAAACAGAGUGGGCUGAUUAGUGUGGUAAAGGUGUGUGUGUGUGUGUGUG